AUGACGCCAAAAUCGUUGAUGGGGAAAGCGGACACUCCGCAGGAAGUCGAACUCAAGAAGAACUUUGACACGGUCAUGAAGAGAACCACGCAACUAAGUCUGUGCAUCACGACUGAGGAUGCAUUUGCCUCUCCAGAAAACACUCUCCCACUCCCAGAACUCCACGAUUUCUUCGGCUACGAAUUAAACGAAUACUGGCUCUAG